ACAUUUUCCAUACUAUUCCGUGCUUUUCUUGUGUAAUAAACGGAUGCGGUGUCAACUCGUAAAAAUGCAAUUCCACCACAAAACGCAUAAACUUUGAUAGUGCCCAAAUAUUCGGAUGUGGUACGGAUUCGAACAGUAGCGUCUGACGCUGCCGUCUCGUUGGUCAAAUUCUAUAGUUCCUCCGUCGGCCUUUUGAGAGUAUCCCGCGCAAUCCAAUCUCUGGGCAUGAUUACAACGCGCCAGUGCAGCUUUUGAAUUGCAGAGCGCCAGAUCCCGGAUCACCAGGAUUCCCCAUCAGGAGACCAGGAAACUAGGACACCAGAAGUCCCCCGAGGAACCGCAGGAGCUGCGAUUUCCCAGGCAUAACCUAAAAAGGCACGUGCAGUGCUGCGUAGAAGAGUUUUCUGCGUGCCACCACAGCCAAUCGGCUCCUCUUCUCUCCUCACAAAAAAAAAAAAAAAAAAAAACCAAAAUUCCCGAAGACGAAGCCAUGGCCACCCUCCUCAGCAACGGCCAGCAGUCGGUGAUGGCCACCAGUAAUGGUCAGGAGCAGCAGCAGCAGCAGGACGAACCGGAGCAGCAGCAGCAGCAGCAGCAGGUCGAGAUCAGGAAGUCCAGCUCACCCAAACCAGGCGCCAUGCCCAGCUUGAAGCUGAACAGGAUGGGCUCGGUGUCGCCGAAAGAUAAACGCGUCUACAAAAUAGUCCUAACUGGCGGGCCCUGUGGCGGCAAGACGACUGGCCAGUCCCGCCUGUGCACCUUCUUUGAGAACCUUGGAUGGAAGGUAUUCCGCGUGCCUGAAACGGCCACUGUUUUACUCAGUGGCGGCGUGAAGUUCUCCGAUCUGACCGAGAAAGAGGACCCGCCCACGCCAACCACGUUCGUUUACAAAGAUCUGCCCUUCGCCGCUCCGGAGCACAGUCUCAUCGACCUAACCGCAUCCUGUCCGCGCUGCUUGGCCAAGGCUGCAUCCCGGCCCAAUGGCAGCGAAGCCUACAAGUUCCAGGAGAAUCUGAUCCGCACCAUGGUGCAAAUCGAGAACACCUACUUUGAGCUCGGCAACUCGAGCAAUCGCAACUGUCUGAUAAUCUGCGAUCGCGGCGUUAUGGAUGCCAGUGCUUACAUAUCAAAGGAUAAGUGGGAGAAGAUGAUGGCGGGCAACAAGUGGAAUCCCGUGGAGAUGCGCGACAAUCGCUACAACCAGAUCCUGCACUUGGUAUCAGCGGCCAACGGGGCCGAGGACUUUUACUCCACAGAGGACCACGCCUGCCGUUCGGAAGGCGUUGAUCUGGCCAGGGAACUGGAUUACAAAUCGGCCGCCGCCUGGGUGGGUCAUCCCUACUUCGAUGUGAUCGACAACUCCACCAACUUUGAGUCCAAGAUGAACCGCAUGAUUGAGUCAGUGUGCCAGAAACUUGGCAUCGACGUUGGCGAUCGUUUGCAGGCCACGUCGCGCAAACUGAAAUAUUUGGUUGCCCUUCUGCCGCCAGAUAGCGAGUUUCCGCCCUUCGCCGACUUCGAUGUGGUGCACCAUUAUCUGCAAUCCGCCGGUCCCAAGGUGCAGGCUCGCCUGCGCAAGCGCGGCCAGAAGAGCCACUGGAGCUACAUCCACACGCAGCGGCGACCCAACGUUCAUGGGCAGGCCCGCAUCGAGGUGAAGACCCAGCUGACGCAUCGCGACUACAUGAACCUGCUGGCGCAGCGCGACGAUGCCCACUUCACCAUCUACAAGAAGCGCCGCUGCUUCCUGAUCAACAAUCAAUAUUUCCAGCUGGACAUUUACAAGGAGCCAGGCCAUCCACGCUGCAAGGGAUUGGUGCUUUUGGAGACGUACUCAUCGCUCACCGGCGAUGCCCUGAAGAACUGCAUGCCCAAGUUCCUGAACAUUGUGAAGGAGGUGACCGGCGAUCCGGACUACUCCAUGUUCAAUCUGUCGCUCAAGGAGGACUGGAGCACCACCAAGAAGUUCUGCCGUUCGGCGACGCACGGUAAGCAGGACGAGCAGCCGCCAGAGCCGCCCAAGAAGCAGUAUCAUCCGUACGACGAGAACAGCGACUAGGUCAUGCGGCCGGGAGUCAGUCCUCAACAUUAAAUGCAUAGCCAAAGAAUAUGGAACCAAAAGCUUGAACUCUCAAUGCUGUACAAACCACACAAGCAAAGUCUCUCUCUGUCUUUCGGAGCUCCUUUUGCAUGCUGACACUCCAUUUCAAAUGCUCUUUUCCUCUUUCCUCAUCAAAAUUUCAAAAUUUCUGGCACUCAUUUUCGAUCGUCAAGUUUUGAUUUCCGCCUGACUGUGUUUCUCUGUUUUGAUUUUGUAGUUAAGGGCGCCGCUAACGGAGUCUCGAGCACGCCGUUGCUCCUCAAUGGUCAGUAGGCUUCUGAACUGUCCCUGAAUCUCUUUUGCACACGCAUAUUAUACACGGCAAAAGCAAUUGAUAAGAAACACCAAUGACCUGGCAACAAAAUGUACAAACAAAAAAAAAAAAAGAAGAUAACUUAAAAACUGAACGGCGGUAGUUCCCUGCUGUCAGUGCUCUGAUUUACACCCCGAACACACCACACAACUUACACACCCACACACACUCACACACACCCUGUUACUUAUUUGCGUACUUAGCCCCUGGAGGAUGAAGGAACCGUGAACGAGAGGCGUAUGUGUCGAGAGUCUAUAGUUUGUAGUGCAACCACAACCGAAAACAAAAACGAAACCGGAGGUCCAAUGAGCCCCACGCGUACUUAAUUUUCUUGUCAUGUUUGCUCGUGUUAAUUUUGUAAGCCAUACCACUAGAGAGAACCUAUGUAAAUCCAUAGAUCCGCGUUAUUAUUGUCAUGUGACGUUGUGUUUGUGUCCUUUUUUUUGUGGAGAAAUUGUAAACCGAUAAUUUUAACUUUAACUCUAAGCUAAAUGAAAAUAAGAUUACGACUACAAGACCACCAAA